CAGCUCCACGGUGCAGCAGCAGCGGAGCCGGCGGGUGCGAGUCGGGGGGCUAAUUGGUGUAAAAUGGCGCUGUCUCCAGGAACAAAGAAAAAAGUUUGCUAUUACUAUGACGGUGAUGUGGGGAACUACUACUAUGGCCAGGGCCAUCCCAUGAAACCCCACAGGAUCCGCAUGACACACAACCUCCUCCUCAACUAUGGACUCUACAGGAAAAUGGAGAUUUAUCGGCCACACAAAGCCAGCGGUGAGGAGAUGACAAAAUACCACAGCGAUGACUACAUCAAGUUCCUGAGGUCCAUCCGACCAGACAACAUGUCUGAGUACAGCAAGCAGAUGCAGAGAUUCAAUGUUGGAGAGGACUGUCCAGUGUUUGACGGUCUGUUCGAGUUCUGCCAGCUCUCAACAGGAGGCUCUGUCGCUGGAGCAGUGAAGCUGAACAAGCAGCAGACAGAUAUCGCCAUUAACUGGGCAGGUGGACUCCAUCACGCCAAGAAGUCUGAGGCUUCUGGUUUCUGCUACGUCAACGACAUCGUCCUGGCCAUCCUCGAGCUGCUCAAGUACCAUCAGAGAGUGUUAUACAUAGACAUUGACAUUCACCACGGUGAUGGGGUGGAGGAGGCCUUCUACACCACAGACCGAGUCAUGACUGUCUCCUUCCACAAGUACGGGGAGUACUUCCCCGGCACCGGAGACCUGAGAGACAUUGGAGCUGGGAAGGGAAAGUACUAUGCAGUCAACUACCCACUUAGAGACGGCAUUGACGAUGAGUCCUAUGAAGCCAUCUUCAAACCAAUCAUGGCUAAAGUCAUGGAGAUGUACCAGCCGAGUGCUGUGGUCCUCCAGUGUGGAGCUGAUUCUCUGUCUGGCGACAGACUGGGCUGCUUCAACCUCACCAUCAAAGGCCAUGCCAAAUGUGUGGAGUACAUCAAAAGCUUCAACCUGCCGCUUCUGAUGCUGGGCGGCGGCGGCUACACCAUCCGUAACGUGGCUCGCUGCUGGACCUACGAAACGGCUGUAGCCCUGGACUGCUCCAUCCCUAAUGAGCUGCCCUACAACGAUUACUUUGAGUACUUUGGGCCCGACUUCAAGCUGCACAUCAGCCCGUCCAACAUGACCAACCAGAACACCAACGAGUACCUGGAGAAGAUCAAGCAGCGCCUGUUUGAGAACCUGCGCAUGCUGCCACACGCCCCCGGUACCCAGAUGCAGGCGAUCCCAGAGGACGCCCCGCACCCAGACAGCGCAGACGAGGACGAGGAGGACCCCGACAAACGCGUCUCUAUUCGGGCCCAUGACAAGAGGAUAGCAUGUGAGGAGGAGUUUUCUGACUCUGAGGACGAGGCGGAGGGGCAUGGAGGAGGCCGCCGGAACGCAGCCAACCACAAGAAGCCCAAACGAGUAAAGAAGGAGGAAGAGAAGGAAGGAGAGGAAAAGAAAGAAGUCAAAGAGGAGGAGAAGGAGGAAGAGAAGAUGGACACGUCAGGACCAAAAGAGGAGGUGAAGACAACUUGAAGCCCGGCACAGAAAAGAAUGGCGGCUGUACUAUUUUCCUCAAGCCCCACUGAUUCCUCUACUAUCCUCCUAUGAUGACAGGACCUUCCUGUAUUCCACUUUUAUCCUGUGUUCCUAUUGGCCGGCCUGGUUUACAUUUUGCCACCCCUGUUUCCAAGCCCAGUGAAGCACCAGUUGUGUGGGUGUUGACCAGAACGUUUACACAGUAUUUGAUGAAUGAUAAAACAUGACUUUUAUGUUGCCCUUUUCUCUUGAAUGUUAACCCCACCCACCUGGAGCUCCAUUGAGUGAAAAACAACGCCAUAAAUCCUUUCCAGCCAUAGUGUGAACCAGGUCUGCUCUGAUGUAAAGAUCUAGAGCGUUACUGUUACUCUCAUGCCAUUUCAGAUUUAACAUAUGUGGGGCCCAUUAAAAGUUACCUGCAGAGACGUAGAUGAUUUAUAAGUCUAGUGCUCACAUGCAAAAAUGUCUAUUUAUGGUACUGUUAGAAUAACCAGCAUUCACCAAACUGAAGGUCUGGCUUUGCUGUGUUCAUUUACCAGUGAAUGCAUGUUUAGAAUGAUGUCGCCUUUUACCGUGUACAUAAUACUCUGCAUUUUACCCAGUCAGUCCCUGUUCUAUGCUCAGUGUUAAUUUUAUUAUUUUUUUACUUUUAACGUCUGUCCCUUCAUCCCGUCUUCCUAUGAAGACAGUGUUUUUCACAGUCGGUGUUUCUCCUCCUGAUGGUUUGUGUGAAUGUGUAUGAACAUUGGUUGGGGAGUGAGUGACCUGUUUUAGAUAUUUUGUACCAUUAUAAAGGUGGAGUGAGCUGCUCCAACGCUCGACAUGUGGCUGUGUGGAGUUCUAUCCUUGUGAAAUGUCUAUUAUCAUGACUUUGUAAUAAAAAUUAAGAACCUA